UCCUUGAAGAAUUGGAGAUUUCAAACCGUUCUUUGGAACACCAAGAAUCUCGGAGGCAGUGUAAAAAAUCGUAUGCAAUCAGCGACGCCAACAAUUACUCUUCGCCUUAACGUUCGAAUCUCAGUUGGAUUACUUGCAAUGUUUCUUCUCAAGGCAUGGAGAUCAACUGCUUUCGGCGUUUAUGGGUACCUCAAUUUCACCAAAUCUGGCUUCUUGGGACACUCAAAGAAUUUCAAUCCAGAAGAUAUGUCAACACGAAUAGAUGGAAAGAAUUGCAUAGUGACCGGAGCUAAUUCUGGGAUUGGGUAUGCCACUGCUCAUGGUCUUGCAUCCAGAGGAGCAACUGUGUAUAUAGUCUGUCGAAAUAAGGAAAGGGGAGAAGCUGCUCUCUCUGAAAUUCAGUCGACCACCGGCAACCAAAAUGUUCACUUGGAGAUCUGCGAUCUUUCUUCAGUCAAUGACAUCCAGUCUUUUUCUUCCAGAUUUAAGGCAAAGGAGAUUCCCAUUCAUGUGCUGGUUAACAAUGCUGGCUUGCUUGAGAACUCGCGAGUAACGACAUCGGAAGGAUACGAAUUAAAUUUCGCUGUGAACGUGCUAGGGACUUACGGCAUUACAGAACUCAUGCUUCCGUUGCUAGAGAAAUCUCAACCUGAUGCGCGUGUGAUUACAGUAUCCUCGGGUGGAAUGUAUACAGCUCCCUUAACCACAGACUUACAGUUUAAGGGUGAGAAAUUUGAUGGAGUCGAACAGUAUGCACGCAACAAACGGGUACAGGUAGCAUUGACCGAAAAAUGGGCUGAAAAGUACAGCAACAAAGGGAUUGGGUUCUACACGAUGCACCCUGGAUGGGCUGAAACGCCUGGAGUCACCAAGAGUUUGCCUAGCUUUUCAAAAUCGCUCGAAGGGAAACUAAGAACGAGCGAGGAAGGUGCAGACACUGUUAUCUGGUUAGCUUUGCAACCAAAAGAAAAGCUAGUUUCGGGUGGCUUUUACUUUGAUAGAGCCGAAGUGCCUAAACAUUUAGCGUUUGCUGCAACCAAAAGUUCUCACGAUGCUAUAGAUUCCAUCGUAGCUACCCUUGACUCGUUCGGUAAUUUCUCCAUAUGAUUCUUUCAAGAACAAUGCAUAAUGAUUAGUGUGUUUGUGUGUAUAUAUACACUCAAAUGGAAAAAGCCAAAAUGUAAGUGGCUUUUUUGGAUGUUUAUGUAUGUUGUACAACCAAAGGGUCAUUAGCUAGCAGACAGGUAGAACCCAAUUUCUCAGGAGAUCAACGUGUGCUUUAAUAUCUGUUAUAUAUAAAUAUUAUAUACGUAAAAUACAUGUAUAUCAUGUAUAAAAAUAUGUUUAGAAUAUAAAAACAAUGCUUCACGUCAAUUGGUUACAAGUUUUUUACUUGUGUGAAUAA